CACGCUCCUUUCUGUUUCUGUCAGUUUGACUACUUUAGAUACCUCCUGUCGGUGGAGUCCUGCAGUAUUCGUCUUUUGUGACUGGCUUAUUUCACUCAGCGUCAUGUCCUCAAGGUUUAUUCAUGUUGUAGCAUGUGUCAGAAUUUCCUUCCUUUUUAAGGAAGUAAGUUUUGUGGAGAAAGGAAAGUGCAUCUCCCUUCAAUAAGCAACGCUGGAAAUAUAUUCGCUCUGAAACGCUGGAUCAAAAACUUUAACGCUGUUGAAAGCAUUCCUCAAAAAUUUUAAAUAUAUGUUAAACCCAAACCUAAGGACAGAAAAGAAAGGAAGGGUAUUCCUCACUUUUGCAAAAAUAAAUAAAUACAAGGGAAAUACGAUAUCAAAUAUAUAUUAUCCUUGUGGUUUCACGGCAAAUAACCUCACCCACAGAUAAUGUGGUAACUAUCAGAAGUAACUGCUUAACUAGCAUUGUUAAGUGGAAUUGAAAUGCCAGCCCUUAGUUUUCCCAAAGGGCUCUUAGUGCCUCUGAGCCUGGAAGGACUGACAAAGCCCAGCGUUUAGCUGCUGUCGCCUGGUCGUUCUGUUGUGAUCUGCAGAUUUCCUCAAAGUCAGUUUCUAGGGUUGACUGUCACAGAGCAAAACCGAGUGCAGAGACACGGGGCAAACGGAAAUUUUGUGUGAGCCGUGUUAGAGCUUGAACUGGCACGGGAAGCCUGGGCACUUGUUAGAGUUUGUAUAUAAAGAGGAAUUGCCGAAACACAUAAAAAAAUAUAUAUACAUAUUUUCCCAGCGAGAGCAUUAGACUCCUGUGUAUUAAGACAUAUGCAGCUGCUUGGCCCUUCACACUCACACGGCUGCUCCUUUUCGGAGUCCCUGGGAGCCUCCCGGCUCUUUGCUCCUCUUGCGUUUCUUUCCUUCCUGCCCUCCCUGGUUCUGCCACAGUUCUUUUCUUUUCUGUUCUGUUUCUUGGGGCCUGUAUUGUUUCCUGCCGUCCCUGGUUCCCUGGCCCUUCCCCUUCUGCUCGCAGUGGAUUCCUCUGCACAGAAAACUCAGCAGCCUCCCAAGCUGGGUGGGGUUCACUUGGGUAAAUCACCACAUCCUGGAGCUCCAUCCAGCAGUGUUUUCUUAAGACCUGGAAGCUGGAGUCAGCGCAUUAGAGGGGAAAAAAGUGAAACCAUUUACUGAGAUGGCUUUCCAGAGAAUGUUUCUGUAUAAAUCUGCAAAAGGUGAAUUUGACUGAAAAUGGCCAUGGAGAAAUCCUAGAGAGCAAAAAACAACAGGAAGAUGUCCUAUUGAGAAACACCCCCUCAACUUGACCAUGAGUCAGACAAGCAAGAAAACUCCCUCAGAUGGAGAAAGUAAAUCCGAGACUUCAUUUGUCAACAGAUUCCUCAGGGGCUCAAACCUCGGGUCCUCCAAAGCUGACAGCAGGAAAGAGAACAAUGACCCUACAACAGCUGAUUUCCAGCCCAGCGACGAGACACAGAAGACAGCCGCCUUAGACACUGCUAAGCCUCUCACCUCAGAAAUGGACUUGGGAUCCAGAAUGGAGAAAAAUGAGCAGUUCCUGCAGAAGCUGGGCAAAAAGGCUGUUGACAAGUGUCUCGAUCUGAAUAACUGCAGAUUAACAACAGCGGACAUGAGGGAAAUGGUUGCUUUGCUGCCUUUUCUCCCAGACUUGGAAGAACUGGAUAUUUCCUGGAAUGAUUUCAUAGGAGGAACCCUCCAUUUAAUCACCCAGCAAAUGCAUCUUGUCAGCAAGUUAAAAAUCCUAAGGCUGGGUAGUUGCAGACUUACCACUGAUGAUGUUCGAGCACUGGGAGACGCAAUUAAAGUGAUACCUCAACUUGAAGAGCUGAAUUUGUCCUGGAAUGGUAAAGUGGGAGGAAACUUGCCUCUCCUCCUUCAGAAUUUCCAAGAAGGGAGCAAGAUACAAACGCUUGAGCUUGUGGAUUGUGCCCUCACGUCGGAAGAUGGGGCGUUUGUAGGUCGGUUGCUGCCUGUGCUGCAAAAUCUUGAAGUCCUUGAUCUUUCCAUUAACGGAAACAUCGGCGGCAGUGUAAACAGUAUUGCUCAGGGAUUAAAGAGCACCUCAAAUCUGAAAGUACUCAAGUUACAUUCAUGUGGAUUAUCACAAAAGAGCGUCAAGCUGUUGGAUGCUGCUUUUGGACACUUGGGUGAGCUGAGAAAAUUAGACCUCUCCUGCAACAAGGAGCUGGGGGGAGGCUUUGAGGACUCGGCAGCUCAGUUGGCCACGUUGGAGCGUUUGGAAGCCCUGGAUCUUCACCAGUGCUCGCUAACGGAGGAUGACGUGGUGUCGCUGACCCAGGUCAUCCCCUUACUCUCGAGUCUUCAAGAACUGGAUUUAUCCGCCAACAAAAAGAUGGGCAGCUCUUCUGAACACCUCCUCAGCAGGCUCCGAUUUUUACCGACAUUGAAGUCGUUGCUAGUCAACAACUGCGCUUUGCAAAGUGAGACCUUCAGCGCCCUGGCUGAAGCCUCCAUUCACCUCCCUGCUCUGGAGAUAUUCGACCUUUCUUGGAAUAAGUGUGUUGGUGGCAACCUGAGUCUGCUUCUGGAAACACUAAAGCUCUCCACGUCCCUUCAAGUGCUAAGGCUGAGCAGCUGUUCCCUGUUGACAGAGGACGUGGCUCUCUUGGCAUCGGUAAUACAGACAGGUCAUCUGGCCAAGCUAAGGAAGCUCGACCUGAGCUACAAUGACAGCAUCUGUGACGCAGGAUGGACCAUUUUCUGCCAGAACGUGUGGCUCCUCAAAGAGUUGACUGAGUUGGAUAUUAGUCUUCGGCCAUCAACUUUCCGAAACUGUGGACAAUGGUUUAGGCACUUGUUAUGUGCUGUGACCAAACUUCCCGAGAUCACCGAGAUAGGAAUGAAAAGAUGGCUCCUGCCGGCUUCACAGGAGGAAGAACUCGAACGCUUUGACCAAGAUUCCAGAAGCAGCAUCCACUUUGACCAUGGUGGGUUUCAGCAGGCUGAUUUCCCUUAACUCAGCCACCGACCAUUCUCCAGAGGAGGAAAAGAACACAAAUGAAUCCCAGUGUAACUAAAGGACUAUCAGUUUCUGGGCCAUUUAAUGGGAUUUAUGUUACAAGAGCUUUGUAAAAGCAUGUAUAUAAUAAUAGGAACAUGUCUUUAUCUUAUGAAACAAGGAUGACUUUUUUUGAUGGAUUUUCAAUUGUUUUCCAUAUAUAAUUAGUUCACUUACUGUUUAGAAGGCCUACCAAAAAUGUUUAGAUUCUGGUAAUACAUCUCCUUUUUUCUUGCCCUGGAAUUUUCUGCCUCGUCUUUUCCUGUAUGUUAAAUGUCCUAAAUAUAAGGGUGUGUGUGUGUGUGAAAUUCUAACAUGAAAGGCACUAGCUUUGUAAAUUUGUAAUCUUUAGUUUCAUGUUAUCUUUACUAUUCUUUUAUGUACCUCAAUGUAGUCUAUUUACAUUUUUUAUCAGAAAGUAUACCCUUCUGUGGUUUAUUAUUUUAUGUUUUGGCACCUUUUAUUCCAGAUAUGAACCAAAAAACUAAUAAUGAUCACUGACAUAAAUCUUAGUAAAAAAUGGUCAAAAAUUCAAAACCCAGUAUCAAAAACACAUCUUGUUGGGCCGGCCCGAUGGCGCAGUGGUUAAGUUCGUACAUUCUGCUUCUCAGUGGCCUGGGAUUCGCCGGUUCGGAUCCCGGG